CUCGUCAUGGCAAGUAUGGCCGGUCUCACAAAUUCCCAGUUCGAAUAGAACAAAUACCACCUAGCUUUGUUUCAGAAGAUAUCUAUUCCAUGCAAGAUGCUGUUCCUCUAAGCUACCACUUUCAGGUGUCAAAGUCUCGAAGACCCCUUUAUAAGGCGAACUAACAUGGACUCGACUAUAAUCCAUCUCUAUGCUCUUCACUCAUAUUCUUGCUUUAGGGGCAUCGUGCAUUGUUGCCCUGGUUGUCGCUUCGGGUCUGACCCGCAGACGUGUCUACCCUUUACCUCUGCCCCCUGGCCCUCGUCCGUUACCGUUUCUGGGUAAUGCGCUGCAAUUGGAUACGAAACGACCUUGGCUCACAUAUACUGUGUGGGGAAAGACAUAUGGGAAAAUCAUUCGCUCACGCAUACUUGGAGUCGACUUGAUCAUCAUAAACUCUGAAACCAUUGUGCGAGAGUUGCUUGACAGGCGUUCUGCGAAUUAUUCUACUCGCCCAGUUAUUCCCACCAACAAAUUGGCUGGACUGGAUUUCAAUACUGUAUUCCUUCCGUAUGGAGAAACUUUGCGACAACAUCGCAAGAUCUUCCAUCAAGCCCUCAGGGCGGAAGUCUCGGUCUCAUACCACGAGAUGUACUCUCGCUACGCAAAUGAACUAGUCAUCAAUCUCUUAGGAGAUGCCGCUAGUGACCUACUACAGCAACACACUCUAGCAUACACGGGAUCCUUAAUCAUGGCCGUGACAUAUGGACACCAUGCUCGUGGACAUGAAGACCCAUUUCUUACCCGCGCGCACGAACUCGUUGAUAUCGGAAAACAUAUCAUUUCUCCUGAGAGGGCUGCCAUGUUCACAUCCUUUCCUUUCCUUACAAAGUUGCCGUUUUGGUGCUUCGGUGGAGUACUUUACCUGAUGGGAUGCUCUAGAGAAUUAGCUCAACAACUUCUGAACGAGCCCUUUAACGAAGUGAAGACGCAGAUGGCAAAUGGUACUGCUUCACGCUCAUUAGUUGCUGACUUUCUCGGUCAAGCUCACGAUGACGCUGACAGAGACACGAUGAAGGCUGUUUCGUUGACGGGAUACAUAGCUGGUGUCGAAACCACUACAUCUGUAUUGCAGAUAUUCCUGUUGGCUAUGGUGCUCUAUCCUGACGUUCAAGCCCGGGCUCGUGCAGAAAUUGAUCAAGCUGUGAGGCGUGAUAAAAUGCCGUGCCUUGAUGACAGGGCGUCAUUGCCAUAUCUUGAUGCCAUUCUAUGCGAGGUCCUGAGAUGGUAUCCUGUCGCCCCCCUAGGAGCUCCACAUGCGACAUCAAAUGAUGAUGUUUACGACGGGUACUUUAUACCCAAAGCUGUGAUAGUAGUGGUUAAUCAGUGGGCAAUGUCUCGGGAUGAGGACAUUUUUCCCGAUGCAUCACGCUUCGAUCCUAGUCGCCAUCUAACAGUUGACGGGAAGCUGAAGGAUCCUUUCGUCAGCCAUUUUGCCUUUGAUCAUGGCAGGCGUAUUUGUCCUGGUCGUUGGUUUGCAGAGAACAGUCUGUGGACUGCUGCUGCUGCCAUACUCGCCGUCUUGCGCAUCGAUCAUGCCAAAGACUCAAAUGGAAACAAGAUUGAGGUGAAGCCGGAGUUCACCACAGGCAUGGUGAUGUAAGUGACGUAUACAUUCAAGAAUUUGCAGCUGACUCUGCCGUAGUCACCCUGAACCAUUUCACUGCUCGUUUGAAAGUGUGAACAC